AUGGAAUCAAAUCACAAAUCCGGGGAUGGACUGAGCGGCACCCAGAAGGAAGCGGCCCUCCGCGCACUGGUCCAGCGCACAGGAUAUAGCUUGGUCCAGGAGAACGGACAAAGAAAGUAUGGUGGUCCUCCACCAGGCUGGGAUGCUGCACCCCCAGAAAGGGGCUGUGAGAUUUUUAUUGGAAAACUUCCCCGGGACCUUUUUGAGGAUGAACUCAUACCAUUGUGUGAAAAAAUUGGUAAAAUUUAUGAAAUGAGAAUGAUGAUGGAUUUUAAUGGCAACAACAGAGGCUAUGCAUUUGUGACAUUCUCUAAUAAGCAGGAAGCCAAGAAUGCAAUCAAGCAACUUAAUAACUACGAAAUCCGGAAUGGGCGUCUCCUAGGGGUCUGUGCCAGUGUGGACAACUGCAGGCUGUUUGUGGGAGGAAUCCCCAAAACCAAGAAGAGAGAAGAAAUCUUAUCGGAGAUGAAAAAGGUCACGGAAGGAGUUGUUGAUGUCAUCGUCUACCCAAGCGCGGCAGAUAAAACCAAAAACCGGGGAUUUGCCUUUGUGGAAUAUGAAAGUCACCGUGCAGCCGCCAUGGCUAGGAGGAGGCUACUGCCAGGAAGAAUUCAGCUGUGGGGACAUCCUAUUGCAGUAGACUGGGCAGAGCCAGAAGUUGAAGUUGAUGAAGACACGAUGUCUUCAGUGAAAAUCCUGUAUGUAAGGAACCUUAUGCUGUCUACCACAGAAGAGAUGAUUGAAAAAGAAUUCAACGGUAUUAAACCAGGUGCUGUGGAGCGGGUGAAGAAGAUCCGAGACUAUGCUUUUGUGCAUUUCAGUAACCGAGAAGAUGCAGUUGAAGCUAUGAAAGCUUUAAAUGGCAAGGUGCUGGAUGGUUCCCCAAUUGAAGUGACCUUGGCCAAGCCAGUGGACAAGGACAGUUAUGUUAGGUACACCCGGGGCACAGGUGGCAGGAACACCAUGCUGCAAGGAGAAUACACCUACCCUCUGGGCCAUGUUUAUGACCCCACCACAACCUACCUUGGAGCUCCUGUCUUCUAUACCCCCCAAGCCUACGCGGCCAUUCCAAGUCUUCAUUUCCCAGCUCCCAAAGCUCAUCUCAGCAACAGGACCCUCAUCCGGGCCCCUUCUAUCAGAGAAAUUUACAUGAAUGUCCCUGUAGGGGCUGCGGGAGUGAGAGGACUGGGCGGCCGUGGGUAUUUGGCAUACACAGGCCUGGGUCGCGGCUACCAGGUCAAAGGAGACAAGCGGGAAGACAAACUCUAUGACCUUCUACCUGGGAUGGAACUCACCCCGAUGAAUCCUGUCUCUUUAAAACCACAAGGAAUUAAACUUGCUCCUCAGAUACUAGAAGAAAUCUGUCAGAAAAAUAACUGGGGACAGCCAGUGUACCAGCUGCAUUCUGCCAUUGGACAGGACCAAAGACAGUUAUUCCUAUACAAAGUAACUAUCCCAGCGUUGGCCAGCCAGAAUCCCGCAAUCCAGCCUUUCACACCUCCGAAGCUAAGCGCCUAUGUGGAUGAAGCGAAGACGUACGCUGCAGAGCACACUCUACAGACCCUCGGCAUCCCCACAGAAGGAGGUGACACUGGGUCUGCAGCGGGCACAGUCACACCCGCCACUGUGUUCCCAGGAUAUGCUGUCCCCAGUGCCACUGCCCCUGUGUCUGCAGCCCAGCUCAAGCAAGCAGUGACGCUUGGACAAGAUUUAGCGGCAUAUACAACCUAUGAGGUCUACCCUACUUUUGCAGUGACUACCCGAGGAGAUGCAUAUGGAGCCUUCUGAAAAUCCUUUUCUUCUAAGAAUAAGACUCACAGAAUGCUCAGUAGAAGAUACAAACCUCUAACUAGAUCUCUCGUGAUCGUAAGCCAUUCCUUCCCCAAGGCAAGGCCUUUCCUGAGACUAUGUGACUUACUCAUUGUAUUACUCAUGAAAAGUGAAUAGUAUUCUUCAACAAAAGCAAAUGUUAAGGAGCCUUUAGCUUAAAAGAAAUCUGAAGAACCACUGACAGCAAAAGUUGUUCUUCCAAGGAUCCUGAGUGUCUUGGGAAAGUGAUAAAACCCUAACAAAUUGGUGUAAGCUCUCUUCGUACCAGGAGCUGGGGCCAGGCAGAGCUAGGCAGUCAAUAGCAAGGCACAGACAGUAAACCCCCUGUCUCAGUUACUGGCUCACAGCUGCUUCACCACUCACAAAAUCAAAAGAGACCAUAAAAAAGCAGGAGGCUUCAUAAGAGGUAUUCACCAUCGUCUACAAUGUAGGAUAAUCCCAGACCUGAGCUUGUGAAAACUGUCUGAAAUGUUGAAGGUUCCAUUAUCAUUUUUGGUGUGAAAAGUCUCUCCCCUCAAUCUGUCAGAGAUGAGCAUCUUCCUGUUCCUGCAACCUCUGGGGACUUCCUAGACAUCAAUACGAUGUGUUUCAAAUACGCUUGAGACAGAUCUAAGCCCUGUAUUUAUUCAACACCUUAAGCCACUGUUUUUCUUCAAAAUUCCUACCCUGCCCAAGGCCGCCCGGAUCACAGAAACCAUGCCAGCACUGAGUAUUGGAGUGAAAAAUGACGUUUUCUUGUCUGGAAAUCCUGACUUGUCCAUACUGUUUGCUUUCAUCUCAGACUCAUUUUGCUGAACUCAAACACUGGUAAAGUAAAUCAGUCAUACUAUCAUACUGUCAUAAUCAAAAAUUGGCCAAAAAGUCCUUUCAAAGACAAAAGUGAACGUGUUUUGUUUUUCUCACUCUGUAGUCCAGGCUGGCCUCAAACUUGUGGUUCUCCUUUCUCUGGCACCCCUGUGCUGGGAUUGUUGAUACACAAUGCCACAACCAGCUCCAAACAGUUAUAUUAAGUUUAGGUUAGCUUUGAAUUCUCUACCCAGUUCAUAUUAAAUCGACCAAGAAUCAUUGUCCUUCUCUUCUUCUGAUCUUCUUUCAGUGUGUGUAGGAGCCCUUACCAUGACUGAAUCCUUUUAUAGUGAAACUAUUCCAGGAAAGAUACCCAUCGUGCUUGCUUAGAGACCAUCUCUUCAGAGUUCAGUAAAAGUGU